AUGAGCGGACCUCCUCCGCCACCGCCUCACGGCGAGAAUCCCAAGACCACCGCCGGCUCUCCCCCGCCUGGCGCUGGCUUGGGGCCUGGCAAUUACGACAUAUUCGUCAUUCCCCAGCGCGAUAAGGGCGGCGGCUUCAUCUACCUCCCGUCCCUUGCGCCCAAUGGCCCCAGCUUCGCAGCCGGCUUUGCCUGCGCCCUGGUCAUGGUCGUCAUGUUCCAGAGCAUGGCCCCCGCCUUUCGCACAUGGUGGGGAACCUACCAGGGCAUGGGCAACAUGGGAAUGUCGCUCCUCGUCAUCGCCGUCGGUGUAGGAGCAUGGGCAUGGGGCAAAUCGCAAGCCCAGCCGUCCGCCUCAAACGGCAACGGCCCCAACGGCGGUUGGCGUGCAGGCCCGGGAGGAUAUGGUUCUUACGCGGGCAGCGGCAACUUCGCCAACGGCUUCCCCGGAACCGGUGCUCCUCCUCCCCCUCCACCUCAUGGCACUCCCCCUCACGGCAGCCAAAAUACCGGUCAUUCGAGCGGUUCCAGCUACGGGUCGGGAAAUGGGGGGCCUAGGUCUUCCUGGCAAGAACGACCACAAGGGCCUCCUCCUCCGCCACCCCGUCAGCCAGAGCCCGAGCCUGAGCCCGAGCCUGAACCCGAACCAGAGCCUCGCAAGCCGGAUCCUCCUCCAAAGGCAAGGCCUGAACCAAAACCCGAACCUAAACCGGAGCCCAAACCAGAGCCCAAACCGGAACCCAAGCCGGAGCCCAAGCCUGAGCCGAAGCCUGAACCCAAGACUUCACCACAGAAACCGCCACAGAAAUCCCAAUGGGAGAAGGCUAGAGAGGAGACGAGAAAGCGCGAGGAAGAACGCAAGGCCAAGGAAGAGGAGGAGAGGCGCAAGGCCGAGACAGCCCGCAAGCUGAGAGAGUUCCGGGAAAGAGAAGCCCGUGAACGUGCCCGGCGAGACAGAGAGGAGCGUGAGAGACGGGAGAGGAUCGAGCAAGACAUUCGCGAAAAGGAGGAACUCAAGCAGAAGCUGGAGAUUGAGCGACAGGAGAGGGAAAAGCUCCAACGCGAAAAGGAAAAGGCGGAGCAGGAGGCCAAGGAGGCCAAGGAGCGUGCCGAGAAGGCGGCCAAGGAACGCGAAGCCCAGGUCAACAAGGAGCGUGCAGACAAGGAGCGUGAGGAGGCGCGCAAGAAAGAGGCGGCUGAAGCUGCUGCCCGCAAGGCCCGCGUCGAGGCACAGCUCGAAGCCUUUCGGAAAGCCAAGAGGGAGCGUGAAGCUGCCGAGAAGGCCAAGAAGGAUCGUGAAGAAGCAGAGAAGAAGAAGGCGGAGGAGGAAGCUGCCCGCCAGGCCAAGGAGGAGGCGGAGCGCAUCGCAAGGGAAGAGGCGGAACGCAAGGCAGAGGCUGAACGAAAGGCAGAGAGGGAGAGAAGGGCAGAGGCCGAACGAAAGGCCGAAGCAGAGCGCAAGGCCAAAGAAGCAGCAGAGGAGGCCGCGAGAAACACUCGCAAGAGUGGCUCUUACGCCUUCUCGUCGGUCGGUGAGAAGACAAGUAUGUGGCCCAACGGCCGACCUCCCGCUCCCCCCACCUCCCCUUCCGUGGCUUCGUCGCAGCCGUCGAGACCUCCCCCGUCCGCCGCGUCGUCUGCUCCCCCAAGACCUCCCCCGUCUGCGUCUUCUUCUGCUCCCCCAAGACCCCCUCCAUCUGCCAGCUCUGUGCCACCAAGACCCGCGCCUUCUGCGACAUCCUCGAACUCGAGACCAGCGCCUUCGACAGCAUCCUCGAACACGGCGAGACAGCCCCCGAGGCCGUCAGCACGAACAGAGCGAACCGUCGACGAAGAGCAAUACUCGUACCGGCCAUACGAUAAGCCGAAGCACAAGCCGGCAUCUUCCAUCGGCUCCGAGUCAUCAUGGGCCCCGUCGGCCACGACUACGCGAACGACACCACCGCCUAGCAUGCGCGCUCCGUACACGACGAAAGACCCCGACAAGAUCGUUAUCAGGGCGGUCUAUCUGUUCAUGAAUCAGUUUGCCAAGACCCCAGCCAGCCAGCUCGUAUCGGGGUUUGGCACAGUGACAGAUGGACUUAUCCUGCGGAUAACGACCGAAGGCCUCUUCAUCGACGACGAUGUCCGCGGCGUCCCGCAGCGCGAGUGGGACGUCAAGGCCUGGACGUUAAAGCUGGUCGAGGUAUGGUGCCCCCCGCACUGCUUGAAUUCCGCUGCUGCUGCUUCUACCCCGUCGAAUUCUGCAAACCAUCCCUCUGGCUUGUUUCAAAAAAUGGCGAAUCAGCGAGCGCGGACGGCGGAUAGAGGCGCCACCAAAAUGCUCACGGGAGACGAAGCUGAUGCCUACCUGACCGAAAUGUUGCGUGCUUGCAAGAAUUGCUGCCGUCUUGGCUUGUGCGACACGAAGUUCAAAGAUACUAACAUCCCAUCUUCGACCGGGCAGACUGGGGAGUGGAGACACAAGAGCCUCCAUGUCCUGCGCGCAACUAUCCGAGAUCAAGAAGGCAAGCGUUACAUGUUUGUCCUGGACGAAGAGGAGGCCUGGAAGGUUGCCGUCGGCGUGCAGAGGCUGCGCAAGGGCACCCAGGUGCGCUCGCUGGGCGUCAGCGGCAUGUCUGCGUCCGAUGCCAGAGGCACACUCGAGACCCUCGGCUGGGGUUAA